AUGGCAUCGAUUCACACGUCAGUAUUGGUGUCCAUUAAGACGUUAUGUCCAGAAGUGGGCGACUAUUGGCUAUCAAUCCCUUCCCACGUGAAGACCAUCGAUGGUCUCAAACAACAUAUACUGUCAGACAAUUGUAUCGUCAAAGACAUGGAUGACGUCGAGCUCUAUCUGUCCGAUGGCUUACUUCGCGGCCAUUCAUCCAUCGCUGGUGUCAUUCGAGACAGAGAUCGCAUUGAAAUGCGGAUCAAAUAUAUGGACAAAAAGCGGAUCAACUCUUCAGCGGACAGUACUUCUGGCCAUAAAAGGAGCAAAAGUUCAGUGAAUGAGUGUAUAAUUCUUGAGGACUCCGAUGACGAGACAAUGAGUGGCCGAUUAGUUGUUGAGACAAUUGUUAAGACCGAAAAGACAUCCGCGAAUCCAUUGAAUUGUGAUCGCAAGCCAUCAAUAGAUAUCUUCAUAUCUUCGCCACCAAAAGUGUUCAUCAAAUCUGAGUUUAAGCACAAAACAGACACCAAAAGAGCCCAUAAAUCAGUGAUCAAUGAAUGUAAAGACAAAGUGAUAGUAAAGUCUGAACCCAUCGAUUCCGGUGACUGUCCGCCCGAUUCUACGGCCAGUAUAUUGUCGGCAGCAGUGGUCACACAAUCGGGUCGUAAAAUUAAUGCCGACAAUACUGUUAGUCAUAAAAGUACUAAAAGUGCUGCGACUGAAAGCGCAAGUGUUGUGGACUCCGAUGACGAACCACUGAGUAAUCGAUUCAAUUUUAAGACAAUAUCUACAAAGAAAGUGAUAGUAAAGAGCGAAUCCAGCGGUGAGUCUGUUGAACGUAAGCCCAAUUGUACGGCCAGUAUAUCGUCGGCAUCAGUGGUCACACAAUCGGGCGGCAAAUACCACACAACAAACACUGCCAUCAAAACACUGGGAUCCGUAUCAGAGCCGCGGAACUCUUCCAUCGGUGAUGUUAUUCGAGACAGAGAUCGCAUUGAAGUGCGGCCAAAGUUUGCUGACAAACGCCGGAUCAGGUCUUUGCCCGACAGUACCAUUGGUCACACAAAGCCAGUAAAGAGUAAAUCCAACGGUUCUGUCGACUAUCGGCCCAAUUCUAGGGCCAGUAUAUCGUCGGCCACAGCAGUGGUCACACAAUCGGGCGGCAAAUGCCAGACAACAAACGUUGCCAUCAAAACACUGGGACCCGUAGUGGAGCCGCAGCGGCCAUCGGGAAGCGGUCAGAUCGGCCAAUGGUGGCGCUUAUGCCGUGAGCCUGACUGUCACUUUAAGACUGAAAGCCUGUUUGAGUUACACCAACAUAAGCUGAUCCAUAGGACCCGAUGCGAGCUAUGUACCGUACGUAUUGGCCGUACGUUUAAAAAUAAGCGUAAGUUAGACGAACAUCACCGCACAUCACAUCCCAACGAUUACCCGAUCAUACAAGCGAUCAAAGACACUAAAAGAACUGACAAAUUAAUGAACAAUGGAUCCGAAGACAGAGUGGCACAGAAAGUGAUAGUAAAGAGUGGAUUCAGCGGUUCCAACGUAUUUCUGCCCAUUUCAACGGCCACAGGAGAGGUCAGACAAUCGGGCGGCAAAUGCCAUACAAGCGUUGCAAUGAAAACAACGGGACCCGUAGUGGAGCCGCAGCGGCUGUCGCGAAGCGGUCAGUCUGACAAAUGGUGGCGCGUAUGUCGUGAGCCCAAGUGUGGCUACAAGACUGAAAGUUACACUGACUUACGCCAACAUCAUCUGAUCCAUCGGAUCACGUGUGACGUGUGUGUCGGCCGUACGUUCAGAAAUAGGCACACAUUUGAUGAACAUUACCGCACAUCACAUCCCAACUAUUACUCGUUCGUCAGAGACAUUAACGACACUAAAAAGGCUAAGAAAUCAGUGAUCAAUGAAUCGGGUGAUAGAGUGGCAGCGAAUGCGGUAUUAGAGAGUCAAUCCCGCGGUCCUAUUGGCUGUCGACCCGAUUCUACGGCUAGUAUAUCGUCGGCCACAGCAGUGGUCACACAAUCGAGUGAUAAAUGGCGCACAAAAAGCGUUGCCAUGAAAACAAAUAAACCGAUGUCAGUAUCAGCGCCGACACCGGGAACUGGUAGUACGGGUGAGAGCCGUACAAAUGUGGCCACAAAACCAUGCAUUCUUCGCAAAUGGCUUGCGUGCGGUGUCUUCGGCUGUCGCUCACUGUUUGUGGACAAAGACACGCAAUACAGACAUCACCUCUGCUCACAUCCCUAUGAAUUCCCAGACACAUUGCGUCCAAAAGUGCCCGACUAUUGGUUGCCAAUACCGGCGGCCGUGAAGACCAUCGAUGGUCUCAAACGGCAUAUACUGACCAAUGAAUGCAUCGACAAAGACAUGGAUGACGUGGAUGUCUAUUACGAUCGCAUUGAAUUGCGGCCCAAUUGGUUUGCUUCUAAGCAACGGAUCAGCUCUUUGCCCGACACUACCAUUGGUCACAAAAAGUCAGUAAAGAGUAAAUCCAACGGUUCCGUCGACUAUCGGCCCGAUUGUACGACCAGUAUAUCGUCGGCCACAGCAGUGGUCACACAAUCGGAGCACAAUUCACACCACAAGACAUCACUCGCACUCCAGAAGAAUGGCAUCGAAUCCAUUGUCUGUAUUGGUUUCCAUAAAGACAUUGUCCCCAGAAACAAUUUCAUCGUCAAAGACAUGGAUGACAUCCAACUCUAUCUCUACAACGGCUUACUUCGUGGCAACGCAUCCAUCGGUGAUGUCCUUCAAAAUAGAGAUUGCAUUGAAGUACGAGUGAAGAGUGCGACUAAAAGGCGGAUCAGCUCUUCGGUGGACAAUGUUUCUGACAGACUAAAGAGGAUUAGAAUUUCAACAAAUGAAUGCACAACUCUUGUGGACUCGAAUGACGAGACAGUGGUUGAGACCGAAAGCAUAUCCGGGAAUCAAUUGAAGGCUUUAACUGAAGAGAUUGUUAAUGUGGUAAAGGAUCUCAUAAUUGAUAAAAUCGUUGGUCAAUCGCAAGACAAUAGCGAUGGUAAGGCAUCCAUAGAUUCUUCCACAUCUACUGACACUAUUGCGGACAUUAAAACGCCGGCCACAGCAGUGGUCACACAAUCUGAUGAUAUUUGGGCCGAGUUUGUCGGCACGAGUGUCGCGAAGCCAAUGAUGUUCGAGUGCUGUUCCCGCGGAUGUGACUACAAGACCGACAAUCGUCACCACUUUCUCCUCCAUAGCCGUGCCAUUCAUCGCCGGUUUAUGUGUCAGUUUUGCCAUUUGGUGUCAUUCAAAAGUAAAUCCAAACUCGAGGGACAUUACUUCCGAGUGCAUUCCAGCCAUUGCUUAGACACGCCAUGGAUUAAGUGCACUCAUGAGGGCUGUGGCUAUCAAACCAAACAUAAUAAAAAUAUGCGCAAACAUAUCGAUAAAAUGCAUGGAUUAAGGAGUGUGGAUCAGAUAAGUAUCGGCUAUCAGUAUAUCUCAAUGUCCAGUGAUAACCACUUGUGUCCUAUCAAUAAUAUGACUGAAAUCAAAUCGAUGGUAAUAUUGGUGUCGAUGAAGACAUUGCGUCCCGAAGUGAAGGACUUUUGGGUGACAAUCGGCCGCAAAGUGACCACUUUUGCUGAGCUUAAGCGCCAUAUACUCGGUCUGGAAGCGGUCGGCGAUCGUCCGUUCAAAGACAUCGGCCUCUAUUUGGACAACGGUUUGCUUCGCGACGACAGCACUUCCAUCGGUGAUGUCCUGCGCGGCAAAGAGCGGCUCGAAGUGCGGGACAUAAAUGAUAAAUCCGAAGACAAUCUGCCGGCGAAACUGGAAGUAAAGAGUGAGACAAUGGACUGGAAGGCGAGUAUAGCGCCGGUGGAAGUGGUCACCAGAUUGUGCUGUCCUGACCCGCUCUGUAGCUACAAGACUGACGACUUGUUUGCGUUCAACCGACACAAUCUUCUCCAUCGGAUCCCAUGUCACGUGUGUGGCCGCACGUAUCAAACUGUGAGCACUUUGGGACAGCACUACCGCAAAGUACAUCCCGGGACAUUGCGUCCAGAAGUGGACGACUAUUGGCUGCCAAUACCGGCGGCCGUGAAGACCAUCGAUGGCCUCAAACGACAGAUACUGACCAAUGAAUGCAUCGACAAAGACAUGGAUGACGUGCAGCUCUAUCUGUCCGGUGGUUUACUUCGCGGCCAUUCAUCCAUCGGUGAUGUCCUUCGAGAUAGAGAUCGCAUUGAAUUACGGGUCAAGUGUUUGAACAAAAAGCGGAUCAACUCUUCAGUCGACAGUACUUCUGGUCAUAAAAGGUGCAAAUGUUUAGUAAAUGAGUGUGUAACAGUUAUGGCCUCAGAUGACGGGUCACUGAGUGGCGGAUCUGCUGUUCAGACAAUUGUUAAGACCGAAGGCAUAUCCGGGAAUCAAUUGAAUGAUUUUACUGGAGAUACAGACAUAAUGGCAAGGAUUUACAAAUGGGAACAAAUGAAACGUCAAUUACAAGACAAUAGAGAUGGCGAGUCUUCAAUAGAUUCCUCCACAUCUGUGGCCACUAUUUCGGGCCCCAAAUCUUCUUCAGCGCCAAAAGUGUUCAUUAAAUCUGAGUUUAAGCACAAAACAGACACAAAAAGUGUCACACAAUCGGGUGAUAACUGUAACACAAGAAGCGUUGCCACGAAUACGGUUACGCCCGAAGUGGGACCGCAGUGGCCAUCGGGAAGCGGUCAGACAGCGGCCAAAUGGUGGCGCAAAUGCCCUCAACCCGGCUGUGACUACAAGACUGAUAACUGGUUUGAGUUAAGACAGCAUAUUCUGGUCCACCGGAUCACGUGUUACCUGUGUUUUGGCCGCACGUUUAGAACUCAGGACGAGUUGGACAGUCAUUACCGCCGAUUACAUCCAAACCAAUACCCGAAUAGACCAUUGAUUAUAGACAAUAGAAAGGCUGAAAAAUCAGUGACCAAUGAAUUCAAUGACAGAGUGGCAGAGAAUGUGGUGCUAUUAGAGAGUGAGUCCAAUGGUAUCAUUGAAUUUGGCCGCAAUUCUACAGCCAAUAUAUCGUUGGCCACAGCAGUGGACACACAAUCGGGCGAUGAAUGUCAUACCAGAAGCGUUGCCACGAAUGCAAAGACAUGCGAAGCCGGGCCCAAAUGGACAGCAGAACUGGUCGGUCGGAAGCGCAAAAGGGUCCCGAACUUCAGCUGUGGUCGCCGUGGAUGUGACUACAAGACCGAAAGUAGACAAGACUUUGAACAACAUAUGCCAAUACAUUGGCGUCGAGUGAUGUCCUGUUGUGGACAGCAUUUCCGACGCAACAAACAGCUAAUCGCACACCAGUUUAAGUCACACCCGAAUGGCACCGAUUCUAUGGCCAGUAUAUCAUCGGCGGUCACAGCAGUGGCCACACAAGUGGUUAAACCGGAUGUCUGUCAGCCGUGUGACGGCCAAAUGGGCGCAGAGCUAAUGAUCUUUGAGUGCUGUUCGCCCGGAUGUGACUACAAGACCGACAAUCCUGAGCACUAUCUCCUCCAUAGGGGUGUUAUUCACCACCAGUUUAUGUGUCAGUUAUGUAAUCUACAGCCAUUGAGAACGGCGUUCAAACUAGAGAAACAUCACCGCAGAGUACAUCCCAAUGAUUUCCCAGACAUACCAUGGAUUGCGUGCACUCAUGAGGGCUGUGUCUACCAAACUAAAGAUGACUUCCUUUUGCGUAAACAUAUUAAUAAAAAGCAUCAUUUAAUGAAUGAAUGGUGA